AUGACAACAAGCACGAAUCGACUAUACAUAUUUACACAGCUGCCCCAUACAGUAAACAUUUCCAAUCAGAUCUUCUCUCUAUCAAGAAGAAAGGGGAAGAAUCAAGUUUUCCCAACAAUUCAUAAAAGAAAUUAUAUACAAAAGGAAGGCACGUUUAAUUAUAUAAACUUUUAUAUAGAUCCGCCGGAGGAAGGAAGAAGGAAACAUAUUUUUGUAUUCUGUUUUGGUUUUUUUUUCUGCAUCAGAUUGAAGCUAGGGUUUUAUUUACUGGUAUCAUCUGUUACUACACUGCUGGAGGAAAGGAAUUUCCGGAGUAUCACAUACCGGAAUAUGAGCUCUUCAGUGCAAAACCACCGGAGGGAGAAUAAUAUUAACCGACCUAGAUACAAUGGUUCUCAUGGUACCCGACGCGAGUGGGUCCCACGCAGUUCUGCUGCCGCCACUCCCUCUGCAGUCUUAAUCCCAACAGAUAAUGUCAAUAGUUCGAGCACAAGUGGGAAUGCUAAUGGGAAUAUUAAUGUUGAAGAGUCUAUUCAUAGGUUGGUUCGACCGGUAAUUCCAAAUCGGAACAGGAUUCAUGUGGGGUCAAGGGGAAAUCCUAGUCGGUAUCUGAAUCAGAGGAGAGAGAGGGGUAGGGAGAGAGGGAGGGAAAAGGACAAACAGGAACAGAAUGAGAAGAUAUCAAAUAACAUGAACAUGCCCCAGCUUGUGCAGGAAAUUCAGGAGAAGCUCUUAAAGGGAUCAAUUGAAUGUAUGAUAUGUUAUGAUAUGGUUAGGAGAUCUGCACCUAUCUGGUCCUGCUCCAGCUGUUACUCGAUUUUUCACCUGAAUUGCAUUAAGAAAUGGGCCAGGGCUCCCACUUCUACUGACUUAUCAGCUGAAAAGGAUCGGGGUUUUAAUUGGCGUUGCCCCGGAUGUCAAUCUGUGCAGAUCAUGUCAUCUAAGGAGAUUCACUAUGUCUGCUUUUGUGGGAAGAGACCUGAUCCCCCUUCAGAUUUGUAUUUGACACCUCAUUCUUGUGGAGAGCCUUGUGGAAAACCAUUGGAGAAAGAAAUUCCUGGUAGCGGUAUGAGUAAAGAUGAUCUUUGUCCUCAUGUUUGUGUUUUGCAAUGCCAUCCAGGUCCUUGUCCCCCUUGCAAGGCUUUUGCUCCUCCACAUAGGUGCCCUUGUGAAAAGAAAGUUAUUACUACGAGAUGCUCUGAUCGGAAGUCUGUUCUCACUUGUGGGCAGAUGUGUGAUAAGCUUCUUGAAUGUGGGCGGCAUCAUUGUGAAAGGGUCUGCCAUGUGGGUCCCUGCGAUCCCUGCCAGGUCCUUAUUAAUGCUGCUUGUUUCUGCAAGAAGAAGAUUGAAGUUGUUCUUUGUGGAGAUAUGGUUGUGAAGGGAGAACUCAAGGUGGAAGAUGGGGUGUUCUCGUGCGGUUCAAUUUGCGAGAAGAUGCUUGACUGUGGAAAUCAUGUCUGCCCUGAAAUCUGUCACCUGGGCCCUUGUGGGGAAUGUGAAUUAUCGCCAAGCAAGAUUAAGACAUGCUGCUGUGGUAAGACAAGCUUAAAGGAGGGUAGGCAGAGUUGUUUGGAUAUGAUUCCAACUUGUCCACAGAUCUGUGGCAAGAUCCUCCCUUGUGGGCUGCAUAGCUGCCAGGAUGUCUGUCAUUCUGGUGUUUGUCCACCAUGUUCUGUGCUCAUCAGCCAAAAAUGUCGCUGUUGGUCAACCUCUCAAACUGUUCAGUGCUACAAAGCUGUCACAGGGAAUGCGAUAUUUACUUGUGAUAAACCUUGUGGUCGGAAAAAGAAUUGUGGAAGGCAUCGGUGCAAUGAGCGGUGCUGCCCUCUUUCUAAUUCUAACAGUAGUCCCUCUGGUGAUUGGGAUCCACAUUUGUGCUUGAUGCCAUGUGAAAAGAAGCUAAGAUGUGGACAGCAUUCUUGCAUAACAUUGUGUCACAGUGGUCACUGUCCUCCCUGUCUGGAGACAAUUUUCACUGACUUGACUUGUGCUUGUGGUAGAACCUCAAUUCCUCCUCCACUACCUUGUGGUACUCCUUCCCCUUCAUGUCAAUACCCUUGCUCAGUUCCUCAGCCUUGUGGUCAUCCAUCUUCUCAUAGCUGCCAUUUUGGGGAGUGCCCACCGUGCUCAGUUCCUAUUGCAAAGGAGUGUGUUGGUGGGCAUGUCAUCCUCAGGAACAUUCCUUGUGGGUCCAAGGAUAUUAGAUGCAACAAGCUUUGUGGGAAGACAAGGGCAUGUGGCUUGCAUGCAUGCUGUAGAACUUGUCACCCAUUGCCCUGUGAUUCUUCUGCUGGAUCAACUACUGUUGUGAGAACUUCUUGUGAGCAGACAUGUGGUGCUCCAAGGAGAGAUUGCAGGCAUACAUGUACUGCCCUUUGUCAUCCUUCCACUCCAUGUCCUGAUGUAAGAUGUGAGUUCUCUGUCACAAUCACUUGUUCUUGUGUCCGAAUAAGUGCUACUGUUCCUUGUGCUGCUGGAGGUAGCAAUGGAGGGUACAAUGCUGAUAAUGUUCUUGAAGCCUCUAUAAUCCAAAGGUUGCCCGUACCUCUACAACCAGUGGAAGGUAAUGGCAAGAGAAUUCCUCUUUCUCAGAGGAAGCUCAUGUGUGAUGAUGAAUGUGCAAAGACUGAGCGUAAAAAGAUUCUUGCAUAUGCUUUCGGAGCUACGUCAACAAACUUGGACGCAUUUCACUUUGGAGAGAAUAUGUCAGUGUCUGAAGUGCUGUCAGACCUUCUCAGACGUGACCCUAAGUGGGUGUUGUCUGUGGAAGAGAGAUGCAAAUAUCUGGUCCUUGGCAGGGGUAGAGGUGGAGUCAAUGCCCUUAAAGUUCAUGUUUUCUGCCCAAUAUCGAAAGAAAAGAGAGAUGCAGUAAGGCUGAUAGCGGAAAGGUGGAAGCUUUCUGUGAAUGCUGCUGGUUGGGAGCCAAAGAGAUUUAUUGUUGUUCAUGUUACACCCAAGUCCAAAGCCCCAGCUCGUGUUCUUGGUGUAAAAUGUUCUAAUCCUAGUAGCAUGUUGCAACCACCAGUUUUUGAACCUCUGGUUGACAUGGAUCCCAGGCUUGUUGUUGCUCUGUUCGAUAUGCCUAGGGAUUCAGAUAUCAGUGCUUUGGUUCUAAGGUUUGGUGGGGAAUGUGAACUAGCCUGGUUGAAUGAUAAGAAUGCGUUGGCUGUCUUCAGUGAUCCAGCUCGGGCAGCAACUGCUAUGAGGAGAUUAGAUCAGGGAUCUGUGUAUCACGGAGCCAUUGUAGUUCCUCAAAUUGGUGGUGCGUCAGCAACAACUUCAGGUGCUAAUGCUUGGGGUUCUUCUGCAGCAUCCAAAGAUAGAAGUGGUAUGGCAGUCCUGAAACGGAAUCCAUGGAAGAAAGCGGUGGUGCAGGAUCCUGACUGGAAGGAUGGGCUGUGGGAUGCUGAGGAGUGGGCAGGAAAUGCUGCUAAUUCUGACUUGAAGGGGAAGGAAGCUCCAAUUGAAGCAUUAGCCUCCAACAGGUGGAGUGUUCUGGAAUCUGAAAGCACCUUGAAAUUAUCAGCUGCUUCUGUUAAAAAAGAGGAUCUUCUGAACCAGCAUGAAAAUAGUUCUGUAUCAAGCACUAAGCCAGAAGGUAGUGGUUUGAAUUUGCCAGCCCCGCAAGAAGGGACUAGCUUUGAACUGUCUGAUGAUGUAGUGGAUUGGGAGAAGGCUUAUAAUUGA